CAUAUUCAUCCAGGGAAGUAAAAUAGAUGCGUGGGAGGAGCAUGGAGGAAUUAGAGGAUGAGGUCGGGUAUAUAAGGCACUGUGCUGGGCACUCUACCAGCACACGCUGCAGGAUGAACACGCUGGUCUUACUGCUCCUCACUGUUGGGACGGCGUGGGCUCAGCUCCUCAUCAGUCCUCCCUCACGCAACUGUCAUGAGUUGGGCGCGGUGAGUGAAGACCCUGAAGCAGACCGGCCGCUCCCUGAGUACGUCGCUGGGGAGGAGAUGCUGAUCCAUGCGCAGGUCCCGCAUGUGGAGGCGGGCGUCUUUGAAUUCUACCUUUGCCCAAAGACAGGCCCCAAGGAUGAGGACUGCCUUAUGAGGUGGCCCUUGGAGAUAUCCGGGGUGGAAGGUGGUCAGUAUAAGAUGGACACAGUGACCCAAGGAGGAGAGUACACUAUACCUGUCAUCAUACCCGGAGACUUCACCUGUGUCUCCUGCACCCUGCAGUGGACGCUGGUGACAGAAAACUGCGCUGCUGAAGGUGGUGAGGACACGAGAGGAUCCUCCUGUACUGCCCUGAGGACCACUUUGUGCUCGGAUAUCUCCAUCGUCGAGCCAAGACGAAGACAAAAGAGAAGCUGGGAUUUCGUCAAAAGUGUGUUCGGUAAGGCCUUGCAGGGAGCUGCCAGAUCCAUCAGUAACUGCAGACAACAAUAUUUAUGAGAGCUUGGAGAAGCUACUGGACUACACUAGUGGUUACUUAACACCAUAAUCACACAAAUGUCUGACAUGAAAAAUUCUACACUCAAAAUGACACUCAAAAUUCUAGGAAAAAGUUCAAUAUUACUUUAAAUUCCAUAUAUAGAUGGCUUUCAACAGGAGAAAGAGGGUUGCCCAUAGUAAUUCCAAUUUUUUUUUUACAAUAGAAUUCAUUAUUAAAAACAAAAUUAGAGUUAAUAACACAGUUGUGUCAAUUCUAUUAACGUAGGAAUUGGUAAGGGUAAAUCAUAUUUGCAAAUUUACACAAAUGUAAAUUGGCAUUAAACUAUAUCCCUCAAAAUAUAUAGAAAAACUUA